AUGAGCCUGAGUCGCAACAAGAGGAUCAGCUCCAGCACCUCCGUCCGCAGGCUGAAUGGCUUAGGGACGCCGCCAGCUGGCUUCACUGGCGUCUCCCUGAGCAGCAGCUCGCUGUCUGCAGGCACCAAUGGCCACCUCCAUGGCCCUGGGUCCCCACUGGCCUCGCUGUCAGUCAACAAGAGCCUGCUGGCCCCUCUCAACCUGGAGAUCGAUCCCAGCCUCUCCAUGAGCCGAGCGCAUGAGAAGGAGCAGAUCAAGAGUCUCAACAACCGCUUUGCAUCUUUCAUUGACAAGGUCCGCUUCCUGGAGCAGCAGAAUAAAAUGCUGGAGACUAAGCUGGAGCUGCUGCAGGGUCAGGGGGUGGGCCGCUCCAAUGUGGAGCCGUUGUUCGAGGCCUAUAUGGCCGGCCUGAGGCGCCAGAUGGAUCUGGUCAACAACGACAAGAUCAAGCUGGACGGCGAGCUGAGAAAUAUGCAAGGUCUGGUGGAGGACUACAAGCACAAAUACGAGGAUGAGAUCAACAGGAGGAACAACCUGGAGAAUGACUUUGUCCUCCUAAAAAAGGAUGUGGACUCGGCAUAUCUGGUGAAGGCUGAUCUGGAAGACAAAGUGGGUGGUCUGACUGAUGAGAUCAACUUCCUGCGUAAUGUCUAUGAAGAGGAGCUGCGUGAGCUGCAGGCCAGCAUCCGAGACACGUCGGUAGUGGUGCAGAUGGACAACAGCCGCAGCCUCAACAUGGAGCAAAUCGUAGCCGAAGUCAAAGCUCAGUACGAGGACAUUGCCGCUCGCAGCCGAGAGGAAGCUGAGGCCUGGUACAAGAACAAAUUCGACCAGAUGUCGGUGCAGGCCAGCCAGUAUGGAGACGAGCUCCGCAUCGUGAAGGGAGAAGUGGGCGAGGUCAACCGACUCAUCAGCCGCCUGCAGAGCGAAAUCGAGGCGGUCAAAGCUCAGCGUGGCAGCCUGGAAAAUCAGCUGGCUGAGGCUGAGGAGCGUGGAGAGAUGGCUGUAAAAGAGGCCAAAGCCCGCACCAGAGACCUGGAGGACGCCCUGCAGCGAGCCAAGCAGGACAUGGCCCGGCAGCUGAGAGAGUACCAGGACCUCAUGAACCUCAAACUGGCUCUGGACAUCGAGAUCGCCACCUACAGGAAGCUGCUAGAAGGGGAGGAAGACAGAGUCGGACAGCAGUCAAUUAUCAACAUCCAGGCCGUCUCUAACUACAGUAGCAGAAGUUCCAACGGCCACUACCAUGGCGCCAGCGGCGGCUCUCCCACUCCAAAGCUGCUCAUCAAGACCACCGAAACCAGAGACCACAGCAGAUACAGCACACACUGA